AAAACUGUCAAGGUUUGUGUCUUAGUAAAGAGUAGGCUGGGUAAUUUACUGUAGACUCAUGCAAAUUGUGUAGCCAGUCUGGGCUGGGGAGGCUAUUUGAUUUAUGUAAACACCAGGAAGUAGUGUAUGAAAAAAAAAGCACCAGUUAGUUCCUUAAUUUGAGUUUGCCAGAGUGGAUUAAGCAGCUUUCUCAAGUGGUUUCUUCUCAAUGUCACAGAAAUUUUGGUUUGUGUUUUUAAAUAAUAAGAAAUCUACAUGAGGACAAUAUCCCCUGAAUCCAUUGAAAAUUAACACUUGGUACGGCCAUAAAGCCAAUUCUAUCGAUUCCCAUUUGUACAUCAAGGAAAUUGGAUGUGAAAUAGAGGGCCUGACAACUUGGCACAAGAAAAAAGGGUUGGGAGAUAAUGAAAAUAUGGGAUGUAUGAAGUCAAAGAACUUCUCGGAAGAACCAAAAGAACUGAAAGAAAAUCGAGUACGUAAAUCUGAACCAACUAUUUAUGUGAGAGAUCCAACAUCCAAUACACAAGUGCCAAAUUCAAAGAAGGAUAGUCAUCUUUUACCUGGGCAGAAGUUUCAGAAAUUUGAAGAGACUGAUGGCAAAGUUGUUAUUGCCUUAUAUCCAUACGAUGGAAACCAUGAUGAUGAUCUGACUUUCAAAAAAGGUGAAAAACUAAAGGUGCUUGAAGAGCAUGGUGAGUGGUGGAAAGCCAAGUCCUUAGCAACUAGGAAAGAGGGAUUUAUUCCAAGUAAUUACGUAGCAGUGGUCAACACGCUGGAAACUGAGGAGUGGUUCUUCAAGGAUAUCAGCCGCAAAGAUUCAGAAAGACAGUUGUUAGCACCUGGAAAUAAACCUGGUUCAUUCCUCAUUCGGGAGAGUGAAACAUCAAAAGGUAGCUACUCACUGUCAAUGAGAGAUGCUGACCCUCAAAUGGGUGAUGUGGUUAAACACUACAAGAUUCGAUGUUUGGAUAAUGGAGGAUUUUACAUUUCUCCUCGAAUUAUGUUUACUGACCUGAAUCAGCUAAUUAAACAUUAUCAAAAACAGUCUGAUGGCCUGUGCCGGAAACUUGGAUCACCCUGUCUUAGUCCUAAGCCACAAAAACCAUGGGAUAAAGAUGCUUGGGAAAUUCCUCGAGAAUCUGUGAAGUUAGUUAAGAAACUUGGAGCUGGACAGUUUGGAGAAGUAUGGAUGGGUUACUAUAACAAUACUACAAAAGUAGCUGUCAAAACUUUGAAACCAGGCACCAUGUCUGUGGAAGCCUUCCUCGAAGAGGCUAAUCUGAUGAAAAAGCUCUUACAUGAUCGACUAGUGAGGCUCUAUGCAGUGGUGACCAAGGGAGAUCCAAUCUACAUUAUUGCUGAAUUUAUGGGCAAAGGUAGUUUACUAGAUUUCCUGAAGACUGAUGAAGGAAGAAGACUUAGCUUACCAAAAAUGAUAGAUUUCUCGGCACAGAUUGCAGAGGGAAUGGCAUACAUUGAAAGAAAAAAUUACAUCCACCGAGAUCUUAGAGCAGCUAAUGUUCUAGUAUCUGACUGCCUGAUGUGCAAAAUCGCUGAUUUUGGCCUUGCUCGAAUAAUUGAAGAUAAUGAAUACACAGCCAAAGAAGGGGCUAAAUUUCCAAUUAAGUGGACUGCACCUGAAGCUAUAAGCUAUGGAUCUUUUACAAUUAAAUCAGAUGUAUGGUCGUUUGGAAUACUCCUGUAUGAAAUAGUCACCUACGGCAAAAUUCCAUACCCAGGCAUGUCCAACACAGAAGUUGUAAAUGCUAUUGGGCGUGGUUAUCGUAUGCCACGACCUGAAGAAUGUCCACAGGAGCUUUAUGAUGUCAUGAAGAAUUGUUGGAAAAAUAGCGCUGAAGACCGUCCAACAUUUGAAUACCUGAAAGGACUGCUCGAAGACUUUUACACUGCCACAGAGGGGCAAUACCAGCAGCAACCAUAGAAGAAAUUAAAAUGGAAAAAUCAAAUUAGCAGAUUCAAUGAAUAGCACAAACUUAAUAUGUGAAAGGCAGUCUUCCAUUUGAUGUCCAUUAAACCUGUAAAUCACAAUUCUACAUGAAGAAGAUUGAGGAUCACCGGCAUUAUUUUGGAGAAAAGCAGAGCAGUUGACCUUUGACCCUUGACUCUAAACCCAAUGGUCUAAUUACUAACAAAUCGCUUUUAUGGGCAUUUGCUGUGCACAUUCACUCCUGCACAGUUCACUCCUGCAAUUUCUGCAACAGUGACUACAUUUGAAAAGCAAUUCAUUGUCUGUAAAACAUUAAUGAAAAUCCUGAAGUUCAAAACAGCACAAUGUAUAUAGCCUUUCUUUCUUCGAGAACCAGAACAUUAGGGAACAUCAACAAAAUAAGACCACACCCACUCGCACUAUCUCUUCUGUGCAAAGCCUGCUCUAGGCUGGUAUGAAGGCUGACUGCUCAGGAAAACUAUGGAUGGAAGCAGAAUCUGCAUCAACAUGUUCUGAAAUUCAUUUAUGAAAAUAGUGCCAGUUACAAAUAAAUUUCUAAUACAAGAUGGUUAGCCGGGUGGGGUAUGGUGAACUUCAGGGGAUUGAUGUUUAAUCUUCAAUCCUAAUCACUACACAGCUCUCCCAUGACACCCACAUGGUACUUCACAGAAACAGAAGUCCCGCAGUUAUGUCUCAAAUUUGGACCUAGUUGGAGGAGUGAUACACAGUAGCCAAAGGUGGCACAUGGCUACUUUAACUGUCAAUGGAAGUUUGCCAGUACAUCAUUCAUAAUAGUUGCUACACCUUACCCCGGGGGUCCCAACCUGGGGUUCAUGGACCCCUUGCUUAAUUGCAUUGGUCCAAAGAUUAAAAAAAAAUGGUUGGGAAACCUGCCUUAUGCCAACAACUAAAAUUGGGGCACUCAUGCCUCAUAAAUGUGUAAAGUCUGCUGGCCUUUCCAAUUUAAGAAAUAAAUACUGCAAUAAAAACUGAUAUGAUGGAGGGAAGUUUUAAUAGUAAUGGUAUUAAUGUAAUAUCUAGAAAUAAUCAAUUGAAAGGACAGUCAUCAGUUUGACGAUUCCAGAAGAUUCAGGUAUAUUUCAGGUUAUUAUUUUCUGUAAUUCUAUUGAUUUAUAAUUUGGCUAUCUAAAUAAAUAAAAAGCUGUUCUGUUUACACAGACUUUGUAAUAUUCAACAAAGCAUUCUAUUUAACCUGCAAUUACUGACUAAAUAAGAAUAUAGAAAGUGUGAGGCAAAUAGGAGGAUUGUUUCAUAUGGUAUUAGUAUGCCGAGUUGUGCCUUUAUUUUAAAAAAAGAGAUCUUGGUUUUAAAAAAGUAAAGAGGUAGUACCUCCAUUCCUGAUUUUAUUGGAGUGAAAAUGCUGAUUUCUCCACAUGGCCCCCAUUAAAAAGGUUUCAUUUAAGAAAUGUUACGGCAUACAGAUUUUAUAAUUGUGUGAUGAACAAAAUUCUCAAAUUGUACAACAAUAGCAAUAAAUCCAAACUCUGACAUUUUUAGGAAAAAUAAAUCACAUUGGCUAUAGUACAGAGGGUGAAAUGCCUAUGCAUUUCAUUUAUAAAAGAUUUUGUAUUAUUCACUAAUUCCAUCUGUCUCCGCUACUAACCAUUCUCAUCAAGAUCAGAAUGUAUAAACUUUCAUAAGAUAACAUUUUGGAAUUUAAAGUCCAGCUCUACAUUUCAGAAAUGAAUUAAGUCAGAUCCUUUACAAAUAUAUUGUAAAAUGUUUGUGUCAGUUUAGGUGGAAAAAAAAAUCACUCCAAAAACCUGUUCAAUAUUUCCAUUAUAUAAAUAUCUAUGGAAUUGAGAUGAAUUGUGAAGCAAAUGUGCAUUUUUCAAUCCAGUGAACUUCCAGAAAACAAAAUGUAUAAGGUGUCACUGCAUUUAUAUAAUAAGUGUAGUGUUUUCCUCUCCAGAUGAAUUGAAAUAUCAUUUUCAUGUAUUGUGUAUAGCAAAAGACUUAAUGAAACUGUUAAUUCUUAUAUUGUAAACGUGCAAUAGUUUGUAAUGCUUUCUUUGUUUUCCUGUUGUGCAAAAAAGCCCAAUAAAUUAUAAAUUUGUAACAUGGACAAUGGAUAUAAUAAAGGCAUCUGCCCAAAUAUUUUCAGUAUA